UCAUAGCGACUUUCGUGUAGUAAACAUCUUUUGUGUCACCCCCGAGGAGUGUCUGAAUGAGAAUAUUCUGCACAGCCGCAGCCACUACGCUCUGUUGAUCACCAGUUCUACAGCUGAACACCGCAAAAUCACCUAUACCGAAGCGUUGCUAUCUGUCAACCACCUGUCAAAAACCUGUCACCGACCCAAACUCACAAUGUACCCCUCCAACGAUUCCACCUUGACCACUGCAUCCUCAGCAUGUAGCACAUCCCGACCAUCUUCAGCGUCCUCCGCCCCACCCAUCGAAUUCUCAAAGUCACUCCCCGCCGGCGCACCCUCCACUCCCUUUUUCGAGAUCCACGACACACCAACCGCCGGCCGCGCCGUCUUCGCAACCCGCUCCAUAGCAGAAGGCACGCUACUCUGGCGCUCAGACGACCUCACCCUCUCCGUCCUGCUGCGCGAAUACCGCCGCGAAGUCUGCGGGCAAUGCUUCAGCUACGACUACGGCCGAGAUCUUCCCAUACGAGACCAGAGCGUGGGCUUUGCAUUCUGCUCAAAGGAGUGCCAGGAGGUGUGGAAGCAAUGGAACGGGGACGUUGGCGUGCGGGCGUGGAUUGCGGUGGAGACGCUGGUGAAGAAGAGGAGUAAGGAGGAUGAUGAAAUGGUUGAGGCUAAUUUGCCGCGGCCGACGGGGAAGGAGAUUGGGAGCGCGUGGGGCGGGGUGGAAGCGCAGGCGAGUCUGAUACUGACAGCGAGGGAAGCGGAGCGACCCAUGUCUGAGGGACUUGCGGAUGAGACGAAAGAUGGGCCCGUGCAAAUCACGAAGCAACACCGCAAAGCGCUCCAAAGAGCACUCCAGCAAAAGAUCUCACCAGACGUUAUGAGCUUCAUCGUCAGCGGCAUCGUAUGGCGCCACAACAGCCCACAGGACUGGGAUAAAGUGCUCGUCCUCGCCGAUGACACAACGCCGUACCAUAGCGCCGACGACCUUGCCGCCUUCGUACGGUCCUACCUACACCUCCUCGCCAUCCUCCCGCUCCCUCUCCUCCCCCUCACCACCCCGGAAACAAUAUUCCUCCUCAGCUCGCGCGACAGCCACAACUCGUUCGGGAUCCGCUCCCUCGAAGACGACGGGUCGGAAUUCUUCGGCUAUGGGUGCUGGCCGGCCGCCAGCUACUUCAACCACUCGUGCGGGCCGAACAUCGAGAAGAACAGGGAAGGCCGGGUGUGGAAUUUCAGGGCUGGGAGCGAUAUUGAAGCAGGUGAGGAGCUGAAUAUUACGUAUCUGAGUGGAGAGGAGAGGAAGUUGAGUCGGGGGGAAAGGAUGCAGACGUUGAAGAGGAAUUGGGGGUUUGAGUGUAGUUGUAGGAGGUGUGGGGCGGUGGGAGGGUAGAUGGUGGGGUGAGGGAUGGGAUGAUAGUUGACACGGUACCUGUU